CACUCCAUUAAUCCAAGAGUUCAAUCUCUAACUCCUUUUCCAUUUAUGACAACCUUGCACGUAUUGUUAUAUUCUUCUCCAACACAAGAUUUUAGCCAUUUCUGCAACUGAGUUUUCACUCUCUAAAGAAAGCUUUCUUCUCUCUCUUUUUUUGGCAUGAAAAAUAGUCUUCAAGGGAGUAGAUAAAGACACAAACACUAAGGAGGGAACUGUUUCAAAUGAUGUUUAUUUUAGCUAGCCACUAUUCAAAUUCAAACCAAAGCCAUUAAAAAGGUGUUGGGGAAAUUUACCAUAGGUUGUUGAGUUUAGAUGGACAGUUCAUCCAACUUUGAUGACAACUCUGAUGUGGGGUACCAACCUUCACCUUCUUCUGUGGAUCAAAAUGAUCAUUCAAUCACCGAAACCGUUGGAUACUCCCCUUUAUUAAGUGGCGAAUCUUUCGCGUAUUGCCGGUCUAAUUCGGAGGUCUCUAACUUCUCUGAGCCAAUUGAUGACAAUAGCUUUGCAAGUGAUCAACCUUCACCUUCUCUAUGGACAACAAUGAAACAUGGAGCUAGCCAAGCUUCUCUUUCAAGAUUAGGAAUGAAGCAGCACAGAAACUCACUGGAUGAGAAAUCUGAUGACCUUGACCUCCUAGAGACAGAGCUUGAUAUGAUGAGGGAAAGAUUUGCAAAGCUUCUACUGGGGGAAGACAUGUCUGGUGGUGGGAAAGGUGUCUGCACUGCAGUUACAGUAUCAAAUUCAAUUACCAAUCUCUAUGCAACUGCUUUUGGACAAAAUUUAAAGUUGGAGCCUCUCAAGCCUGAGAAGAAGGCUAUGUGGAAAAGAGAAAUGAAUUGUCUUCUAUCUGUGUGUGAUUACAUAGUAGAAUUUGCCCCAACUGCACAAUAUUUAGAAGAUGGCACAAUUGUGGAGAUGAUGUCAAGCAGACCAAGAUCAGAUGUUUACAUCAACCUCCCAGCUUUGCAGAAGCUUGACACAAUGCUCAUAGAAAUAUUGGAUAGUUUCAAGGAUACUGAAUUUUGGUACGCGGAGCAAGGGAGCAUAUCGGGGAAUUCAACUCGGUCACGUGGAGGCUCAUUUCGAAGGAUUGUUCAGAGGAAAGAUGAAAAGUGGUGGCUGCCAGUUCCUUGUGUUCACCCUGGAGGCCUCUCUGAUAAGUCAAGGAAGCACUUGAAUGAGAAAAGAGACUGUGCUAAUCAAAUUCAUAAAGCAGCAAUGGCAAUAAAUAGCAGUGUUCUUGCAGAGAUGGAUAUCCCAGAAACAUAUAUGUCUAAUCUUCCCAAGAGUGGAAGAACAAGUCUUGGGGACACAAUUUACCGCUAUAUGUAUUCUACAGACAAGUUCUCACCAGAUCACCUUCUUGAUUGUCUCAAAAUAAGUUCUGAACACGAAGCACUUGAGCUGGCAGAUAAGGUUGAGUCUUCGAUGUUCACUUGGAGGCGAAAAGCUUGUCUGAGCCAUUCAAAAACAUCAUGGAACAAAGUUAAGGAUCUCAUGGUGGACACAGACCGAAGUGACAAAAACUACAUCUUAGCUGAGAGAGCUGAGACUUUGUUGUUUUGCUUGAAGCAAAGAUAUCCUGAACUUUCACAAACAUCAUUGGACACAUGCAAGAUUCAAUACAAUCGGGAUGUAGGAAAAGCGAUAUUAGAAAGCUACUCAAGAGUAUUAGAAGGCUUAGCAUUCAACAUUGUAGCUUGGAUUGAAGAUGUUCUUCAUGCAGAUAAAUCAAUGAGGAACCAAAAUGUAUAGAAAUCACAACUGGGUUGUACAUUAACACUGGUGCUCUUCCAUUCAGCAUUUUUUUAAGCUGUAGCUGUAGGAGAAGUUGAUAGAUAUGUUUGUACUUUGUAUUGAAAGCCGUUCACUUGCAUCUGUAUGACAAGUAGUUGGAUAAGCAUAAUAUAUAUAAUCUUAUAUUCAGAAAAACUGAAAAACUAAGAGUUCAUAUCAGUGUAAUUGCCUGAUUUUGAAUCUUGCUGAUUCUCUAUCAGAAGUGGGAGGAAUUGAUGUUAUACACAAUAGUAUUAAAUAAGUGUACAUCUUUCAUUGACCA